GGGCGGGCGGGCGCGCGCGGCAGCAUGGAGGAGCUGAGCAGCGUGGGCGAGCAGGUCUUCGCCGCCGAGUGCAUCCUGAGCAAGCGGCUCCGCAAGGGCAAGCUGGAGUACCUGGUCAAGUGGCGCGGCUGGUCCUCCAAACACAACAGCUGGGAGCCAGAGGAGAAUAUCCUGGACCCACGGCUGCUCCUGGCCUUCCAGAAGAAGGAACACGAGAAGGAGGUACAGAACCGGAAGAGAGGCAAGCGGCCCCGGGGCAGGCCGAGGAAGCACACGGUGAUGUCCUCCUGCGGCCGGCACUCGAAGCUCAAGGACCCAGGUGCCCCCUCCAAAUCGAAAUCCAGCAGCUCCUCCUCCUCUUCCACAUCCUCCUCCUCUUCCUCAGAUGAAGACGAUGACAGCGACCUAGAUGCCAAGAGGGGCUCCCGGGGCCGCGAGACCCACCCAGUGCCCCAGAAGAAGGCCCAGAUCCUGGUGGCCAAGCCCGAGCUAAAGGACCCCAUCCGAAAGAAGCGGGGCCGCAAGCCGCUGCCCCCAGAGCAGAAGGCGGCCCGAAGACCCGUGAGCCUGGCCAAGGUGCUGAAGACCUCCCGGAAGGACCUGGGGGCGCCGGCCAGCAAGCUGCCCCCUCCGCUCAGCGCACCCGUGGCAGGCCUGGCAGCCCUGAAAGCCCACGCCAAGGAAGCCUGUGGUGGCCCGAGCACCAUGGCCACCCCAGAGAACCUGGCCAGCCUGAUGAAGGGCAUGGCCGGCAGCCCCAGCCGCGGCGGCAUCAGCUGGCAGAGCUCCAUCGUGCACUACAUGAACCGCAUGAGCCAGACCCAGGCUCAGGCUGCCGGCAGGCUGGCGCUCAAGGCCCAGACCACUGGCAAGUGCAGCCUCGGGCUGGACCUCAAGGUGAGGACGCAGAAGGGGGAGCUGGGGAUAAGCCCCCCAGGAAGCAAAGCCCCAAAGGCCCCCAGCAGCGGGGCUGUGGAGCAGAAAGGGGGCAGCGCAGGGGGCCCCCCCCACGUCCACAGCAGCAGCAGGGUCCCCACUGGGUGCCUGGGCCCCCAGCCUGCGCCCACCCAGGAGCUGAGCCUCCAGGUCUUGGACUUACAGAGUGUCAAGAAUGGCACGCCUGGGGUGGGCAUGGUUGCUCGCCAUGCCACAGCCACCAAGGGUGUCCCUGCUACCAACCCAGCCACCGGGAAGGGCGCCGGGGCUGGCCCCACCAUGGGGAGUGGGGCCGGUAUGCCCACCGACACCAACAAGAGUGAGAAGCUGGCCUCCAGGGCAGCAACUCUGCCCAGCCCUGCAGGCAAGAGGGACUGUGUCAAGGGCAGUGCAGCCCCUGGUGGGCAGGAGGGCCACACCACCUCCGGAGAAGCGCGCAAGCCAGCCGCGCUGUCGGAGAUGAGCACCGGUGAGGAGAACAGCAGCUCAGACUCGGACCCCGACUCGGCCUCGCCACCCAGCGCCGGACAAAACCUGUCGGUGUCCGUCCAGACUAGCCAGGACUGGAAGCCCACCCGCAGCCUCAUCGAACACGUCUUUGUCACUGACGUCACUGCCAACCUCAUCACCGUCACGGUGAAGGAGUCCCCCACCAGCGUGGGUUUCUUCAACCUGAGACAUUACUGAUGCCCCGAGGCUGCUGGGGUGUCACCUGCCCCUCUCUGACCUUUGAUAAGUGACCUGGACACCCACCCUGCCUGUGACUUCGGGCAGGGGCAGUGCCUUGAUCCAUUGCUGGGCCCGGCCUCGCCCUUGCUCCUACCUCUGGGCCUUCGCUUCCCAUUCGCCUCAGGAAGUCUGCGUGGCCCCCUGUGGCUCUAGCCAAACGGUUCUCAAGCCCGUCUGGUGGUUGUGCUGUUGGAACUGCCCUCUCUGGCCUGUGAUGACAAAUGGGUGGUCACCUCCCCUCCCUGUUUCCCAGAGGCACAGGGAGCUCCUCCUGGUCCACAGAGGCACAGGGAGGUCCUCCUGGUCCACCUUGGCUAUUCCUGCCUGGCGGUGGGGAGAGCAUACUGGGGGUGGAGGGCAGCAGGGCCUUGGGGCCCUGUUCCAGGGAGGGCUCGAAGAAGUUUCUAGAAGAUGGGGCUGGGGGAGUAGGGAGGGAGCCAGGCGGUCUAAACUCCCCCCUUCAGAACAGUGCCUGAGCAGACCAGGGUGAGGUGACUGUUCAUCUCCCUGACCCCACCCCCACCCCGGACAGCUGAGGCUGUGGCCUUAAUGGAAAAGGACAGGUGCUCAUUAGGGGAUCGGGAACCCUAAAGAGGUUGGUUUGGGUGCCAUCCACCCCUGGUUGAGAUUAACAACCACAGCCUCCACAUGUUGACAUCCCCCAGGGGCGGGGAGGGGCUGGUCCCAGAGCUCUUUCACCUGAAGAGCCAGCCUCUGCCUUUGGGGAGCAGAAGGAGACAGGUGUUGCUCUGCGGCCCUCCUUUUGAAACCAGCCUGUGCAAGGACCACCUUUGUCCUAAUCCUUGGCCCAAACACUGCCCCCGGGAGCCCCUGGAAGGUGGGUGGGUGUGCAGGCGGCUGCUGGGAGUGGAUGCACCCUCCCGCUGUCCGCUGGUGUCCAGCUGUCAUGCGAGUGUUUGCUGCAGGUCCCCCACAGCCUCUGCCCAGAUGGACGGGCACCACCUUCCCUGACAAUCCCCCCACCUUUGGGGGUUCCACGUUCUGCUCCUUCCCGGCUGAGUAGCUGUGUCCCUGUACCAUUUGGGAAGUGGGACACAAUCUGAGCAGCCUGCCUGGCAGAGCGUCCCUGGAAAGGCCUGAUCUGCCAGGCUGACUGCCUCCCCGUGGCCGGCUGAGGCUAGGAGCUGGCCGUGCCUCCUGACCAGAAUUGCCUCUAUGGGCUCAGCGCAGGGAGGUGCGUCACUGGGUCUUUGUGAUGCCAAAAAGAAAAGUGGGGGCGUGGGGGACUCUGUUUCGAUUAUUGGUUUAAAGUCAGCCGCAGCCAUGGGGCUCUUUCUGUAUCCCCAGCCUUGAUGCAAGGGAGAGCCCGGACUUAGCCUCUGGGCUCUGGUUUCUGAGGGGUGGGCCUGCCAGACCUCCAGUCCCCUCAGUCCCUCACCCUCCACGCCAAAUAGGAAGAGAUGGCUUUUGUGUACCCAAAUCCAUUUGAACAGUGUGCCUUUGGGGACGAAUCUGUGUCCAGGGCCUUGUCGAGGGUUGUCUGCGUGCAGCCUCUGGGUCUUGCACGUGGUAGCCUUGCUGGCUUCUGCAGGAGUGGUGCCCACCUUGGUGGACCCGAGGGCGGGGAGUCCCGGACCACUGGGCUGAGACUGGAAAGUGGGCAGUAAAGGGGAGACUUGCCUCCUCCACUGCGCAACACAGCCUGGAAGGGAUGCCAGCACGCUGGGCCCUGGCACCAGCCUCCCCUCCUGUCCCC